AUGGCGCUUCCAAGCGCAGUCUCAUCUCCUUCCUUAAAAUCCACGCCGCCGUGUGUCUCCGCCUUCUACACUAAACCUGUACGUCUCCAGGCUACUUACCGGAGUGGUUAUAACCUUCGAAGCUGUAAGCUCAGCUCCUUCCGAUGCUCAUCGUCGUCGUUCUCCGAGAAGCACCACAACGUGAACCCGUCCAAAUCGGAUGACCUCGUCGAGCUCCCUCUCUUCCCACUACCUCUCGUCCUCUUCCCCGGCGCAACAAUCCCGCUCCAGAUCUUCGAGUAUCGUUACCGCGUAAUGAUGCAGACGCUCCUUCAAUCCGAUCUCCGAUUCGGCGUCGUUUACUCCGACGCUGUAUCGGGUUCCGCCGCCGGUAUCGGAUGCGUCGGAGAGAUUAUAAAGCACGAGCGGCUCGUCGAUGAUCGGUUCUUCCUAAUCUGUAAAGGCCAGGAGCGAUUCCGCGUCACGGAUCUCGUCCGUACCAAACCUUACCUCGUCGCGAAGGUGACGUGGCUGGAGGAUCGACCUUCCGGGGAGGAGAAUCUGGACGAAUUGGCGAAUGAGGUUGAGGUGCUGAUGAAGGAAGUGAUUCGAUUGUCGAACAGAUUGAAUGGGAAACCGGAUAAGGAAGCGCAGGACCUGAGGAAGAAUCAGUUCCCGACUCCGUUCUCGUUCUUCGUCGGAAGCACGUUCGAGGGAGCUCCAAUGGAGCAGCAAGCACUGCUGGAGCUUGAGGACACGGCGGCUAGGUUAAAGAGAGAGAGGGAGACGCUGAGGAAUACACUCAAUUACUUGACCGCAGCUUCUGCAGUGAAAGAUGUCUUCCCGUCGACAUAG